GCUCCUGAAGGGCGGGCUAUUAGGUCGUAGUCGCCGCUGCCUCCAGCGGACUCUCCGGAGCAGUUCGACUUGGGAACAAGGAGCCUACUGAGGCAUUCAUCGCUUGGUGCCUACGGCAUGGGUCUGCUCUUUCUGCCACCUCUGCCUUCCUCAUCCCCACCUCUUUGCGAGUGAAGUCCCCUUUGGGUUUCAAGACCUUGGGUCCUGAGGCCCAAACUUGAGACGAACCUCCCGCAUCCCUCUUUCCUUCUCAUCCUCCAUCUCUUCCUUUGCAUCACCGAAUCACUUAGCCUUUGCGCUGGCCGGCUCGGCGGUGCCUUGAGGCCAAGUUCCAGUCGGUAAAGGUAACCGUGCGGAAAGCGGACCCCCCAGUGGACAAAGGCGGAGGCGAGAAUAGAACAGGCCUAAGGACCGUACGCGACGAGAACAGGCGGCUGAGGGGGUGAACAAGGAAAAAAAAAAAAAAAAGAGUACUGCGGAUUUAGAAGAGACUGGAAAAGACUUGUUGCACGAUGGAAGAAUCUGACUCUGAAAAAAAGAUGGAGAAAGAGAAUCUGGGGCCCAGAAUGGAUCCUCCUAUAGGGGAACCGGAAGGAUCGCUUGGGUGGGUGCUACCAAAUACAGCCAUGAAGAAAAAGGUGCUGUUGAUGGGUAAAAGUGGGUCGGGUAAGACCAGCAUGAGGUCUAUUAUCUUUGCAAAUUAUAUUGCAAGAGACACACGUCGUCUUGGUGCAACAAUUGAUGUAGAACAUUCUCAUGUUCGGUUUCUGGGAAACCUGGUAUUGAACCUGUGGGACUGUGGUGGACAGGACACCUUCAUGGAAAAUUAUUUUACUAGCCAACGAGACAACAUAUUCCGAAAUGUGGAGGUUUUGAUUUAUGUCUUUGAUGUGGAAAGCCGUGAACUGGAAAAGGACAUGCACUAUUACCAAUCAUGCCUGGAGGCCAUUCUGCAGAAUUCUCCAGAUGCCAAAAUCUUUUGCUUGUUGCACAAAAUGGAUCUGGUACAGGAGGAUCAACGGGACCUGAUUUUUAAAGAGCGAGAAGAAGAUCUGAGGCGUUUGUCUCGCCCAUUGGAAUGCUCUUGCUUCCGAACAUCUAUCUGGGAUGAAACUCUCUAUAAGGCUUGGUCCAGCAUUGUUUAUCAGCUGAUCCCCAAUGUCCAGCAGCUGGAAAUGAACCUAAGGAAUUUUGCUGAAAUUAUCGAGGCUGAUGAAGUACUUCUCUUUGAGAGAGCCACUUUUCUGGUGAUUUCUCACUAUCAGUGUAAAGAACAGCGCGAUGCCCACAGAUUUGAGAAAAUCAGCAACAUUAUUAAGCAAUUUAAGCUGAGCUGCAGCAAGCUAGCUGCCUCUUUCCAGAGCAUGGAAGUCAGGAACUCUAACUUUGCUGCUUUCAUUGACAUUUUUACAUCCAACACUUAUGUGAUGGUCGUGAUGUCUGAUCCAUCUAUUCCUUCUGCAGCUACUCUGAUCAAUAUUCGCAAUGCCAGGAAACACUUUGAAAAGCUGGAAAGAGUGGAUGGGCCAAAGCAGUGUCUUCUCAUGCGCUAAAACAUUGCCAAAUGCUGUUUCAGAAAAAUAAAUGGAAUACUAUUUCUUAAUGUUGUAUUAGUAUAUAUAGGCUCUGAAAUGUUGUGAUGCUUAUCACUUCUGCAUUUCUUCCCUACUCCCCAGUCUUCAUGUAUAACCUUGAAUGCUAUUUACUCAAAUAGCCUGUAAGAAGUUAGAAGAUAAACUGUCUAUGAAUGUGGUGUGACAUAAAAGUAGGUGAUAUGUAAGUGUUCUGAUAACAAUGUUCUAAUAGUGUAAGUGUUCUAAUAACCUGGUUUCAGUUGUUGUGUAUGCCGAAGCCUUUUCC